AUGGUUACUCAGCCUUUACUCCAAGUUACUCCAGGUUCUCAGAGCCUGCUCAGGACUCGAUUCCUACUCAGACUUUACUCCCGAGUUACUCACGGCCAGGGCGGGGCCUUUACUCAGCUCUUACUCUGGGCUCCUCCUGGAGAUCCUCACUCUGCGUUUACUCCGAGUUUACUCCAAGUUUACUCAGCCUUUGAGGUACUCGGAUCUACAGGCAGAACUUACUCCAGACUUACUCCAGAUUUACUCCAGGCUUACUCAGCUCCUUACUCCGGCCUUGCUCAGCUCCCCUUUUUGGGUUGUUUUCGGUCCUUUUGCGCUACUCAGCCCUUACUCAGCCUUUACUCAGCCUUUACUCAGCCCUUACUCAGCCCUCACUCCGGGUGCUUUGCUCCUCUUGGCCUUUGCUCCGCCCUUACUCCGAGCUUACUCAGCCUCUGUUCAGAGGUCACUCAGCCUUUACUUGGAUGUUACUCAGCCCUUACUCAGCCUUUACUCCGAGGUUACUCCGGCCUUGCAUGGCCCCGCCCCUCACAGCUGGGGUUACUCCCCCUUUACUCAGCCCCUCCCCCGCCUGCCCAGCCCCUCCCCCCGCUACUCAGAGGUUGCUCAGACUUUACUCACACCUUACUCAGCCCCGCUCGCCGCGCUGCUCCAGCCGAUACUCCCAGGAUACUCCAGGGAUACUUCACAGAUACUCACCCUUUACACUCAGCUCUUACUCCGAGGUUACUCCGAGGUUACUCCGACCCUGAGGGGCUGAGCAGACGCUACUCCAGGGUUACUCACACUUCACUCCAGGCUGACACGUUACUCCGGGGUUACUCCCACUUUACUCUGGGGUUACUCACACGUUACUCCAAGGUGGGGCGUUACUCCAGGGUUACUCCGAGGUUACUCCGAGGUGACAUUUUACUCUGGGGUUACUCACACUUUACUCCAGGGUUACUCCGAGGUUCCUGCCCCUCCCCCAGCCUCACUCAGGACCGCCCCUCCCCCCCCCGGCCGUGGGGGCGUGGCCUGGCUCCGCAGGGGGCGGGGUCUCCGUGGCCCCGCCCCCAGGUCGGGGGCGGGGCGAGCCCCACCUCCUUUAUGACGUCACGGGGGGAGGGGGAAGGGGCGGGGCCGCGGCGUUUCUGUAACGGGACCGGACCAUUAAAACCUCCCCGGGAGCGGCGUGAGCGUUUGUGA